GCCGCCCGUCCGCCGCUCAGGCUUCCGGUGCAUUCAUCAUGUUCGGGUCCAGGGUUUCGGGCAGAGUGCUUUGCGCCGCUGCCAGGUCGGAGUCUUCUGCAGCUUCUUCUGCUGCUGCCGCCUCUUCCGCUGCUUCAACUUCGGUUAGGAAGGCACAGAAUCCGCUUGAGGAGUUCUUUGAGGUGGACAGAAGCACGGAUGAAGAAAAACCCGUCAUUUAUGGUCGCAGUUGGAAGGCUUCUGAAUUGCGUCUUAAAUCUUGGGAUGAUCUUCAGAAGCUGUGGUAUGUCCUUUUAAAGGAAAAGAACAUGUUGAUGACUCAACGCCAAAUGCUUCAUGCUCAAAACCUUCGGUUUCCUAACCAAGAACGUAUUCCAAAGGCAAGGAAGUCGAUGUGUCGAAUAAAGCAUGUGUUAACCGAGAGAGCCAUUGCAGAACCUGAUCCAAGGAGGUCUGCAGAAAUGAAGAGGAUGAUAAAUGCCUUGUGAUGUUCUUAUCUAUUCCUUUCAAUGUGUUAAGCUUUUCAAUAAGAACAUAUUGGGGAUUAAGCUCCUUUUUUUCCUAGAAACAUGCCGUCGGUGUACGAUUUCUGCUUAGAUCCUUGAUUCGCCUAAAACUUGAGGUUGAACUUGGCAUGCACAGAUGUUGUAAUUUAUUUUUCUUGUCGACAUGCCUUUAAUAGGAUGACAUUCCUUUUCCCUUAAAA